AUGAGUGGUGAUAGUCCAGGAGAAGCACAGUCUGCUUCUUCUCCUCCUCGUCAGCAACAGCAACAACAGCAGGAGCAGCAGACGAUGACGAGCACCAGCGAUGCAAACAGCAGCAGCAGCAGCAACAGCAGCAACGGCUGUAGUGGCUCAAGAGAUGACAGCAGCAACAGCAGCAACACAACCAGCAGCAGCAACAGCAGCAGCAACGGCAGGAGUGACGAUAACAGCAGCAACAGCAACAACAAUAGGUCUAACAACAGCAGCAGCAGCAACAGCAGCAACAGCAGCAGCAGCAGCAGCAGCAGCAGCAGCAGCAGCAGCAGCAACCAGAAAGAAGAAGAAAAGUGUGGGGUUGCUGCUGCUGCUAAGGGAUCCGAUCCCCAGAUGGCGUUAUAUAAAUUGGGGUUAAGCAAAUUGUUAGUACAAGAAAAUAUAUCUGAAUCGAAGCAAGAGGCAGCAGCAGCAGCAGCAGCAGCAGCAGCAUCAGGUGCAGCAGCAGGUCCUGCAGGAGCAGCAGCAGCAGCAGCAGCAGCUCGUUGUAGUUGUGGCUGUAUAAGUACAUAUUCAAUAGAUCCUUUUGCUGUAUCGGGCAGUCAAUCUCCAUCAUCCCCAUCAUCAGCAGGUGCAGCAGCAGGUGCAGGUGCAGCAGCAGCAGCAGCAGCAGGAGGAGGAGGAGGAGGAGGAGUAUUAUCAACAGCAGGAGAAUGGUGUUGCUGCAGUACUGCAUGCGUUCCUCCUCCUCCUUCUUUUUCUUUUCCUCCCUCCUUCUCUGAUGCUGCUGAUGUAUUAAAAGAAAUUUCCCUAUUAGGCACACUUUAUUAUCCUUGGCCUCUUAUUAAAGUUGUUAUUGCUGGACAAAUAUAUGAGCUGUUUUCAGUGUUAGGGAAGAAGCAGCAGCGGCAGCUGCGCUCCUUCGCGUGGGAAAAGGCCCGAGAUUACCUCUUCUCUCUCGUGCUGUCAUUCGAAGCGCCGCCUUUAACGCUGCAGCGUUUAUGCGAAGUGGUUUUAAAACCGCCAUAUCGGGAGUUAGAGAAGAUGUAUUUUACUCUUAGGAAGCUGCUCCUUGUACGUGAUGGUUACUUUGAGGCUCCUGUUGCUGCUUUGCCUCCUCUUGAUAGUUCUUUUUCUGAGCGCAUAUCUAAGGCAAACGCUGUAUCGGAGAUGCUGACGAAUGCCUCUGCGCGUUUGUGUAGUAAUCGUGGAGGGUUUUAUCAAUUAGAGGAGAAAAAAGAAAAAGAAGAAAAAGGGUUAUGUGGUUGUGCAUGCUGUGGUGACUGGUUAGCGGAUUUGCUGCAGCUGCAGCAGCAGCAGCAACAGCAGCAACAGCAGCAGCAGCAGCUGCUGCAGCAAGAAUCCUCCUCUACUUGUAUUUUUGCUACACAUUCUCUUAAUGAAUUCACAGAUGAAGAAAAAACAGAAAAAAGCAGAAAAAGAAAUUCGCAAGAAAUGCAUGCAGGAGAGGCACCUACUGCAGCAGCAGCAGCAGCAGCAGCAGCAGCAGCAGAUUCCGCUGCUGCUGCUGGUGGUGAUACUGCUGCAGCAGGAGGUGCAGCAACAAAUACAGCAGCAGCAGCAGCAGAUAAUGAUGAUUCUGCUGCUGCUGCUGCUACUCGUAGAAGAAGGAUCGAACAUGAUUCUCUUCAAGAACAAAACCCUGCUUAG